CUUGAAGCGCCUGAAGAACCAGAGAGAGAGAGAUGAAGCUCCAGUGUCUGCUGCUGUCGAUCGCCCUCAGCUGCUGCUCCGCUGAAGGUGACCUCCAUGACCCUCCACCUGCUGCCGUGGUGAUGGGCGUCGCCCAGUCCCCCGUCCAAUGGGACGACGUCCCCAAGCGGGAGCUGGUCCAGGCUCAGCAGCCGGACCAGCUGUGGAGGAAGGAGGUCCUGGAUCUGCUCACACAGCUGGUCCUGGUCCAGAAAGAGGUCGCCAGCGGCCAGGCUCAGGUGGUGCAGCUCCUCGGCAUGCUGGGUACUCAGAUCCUCCGUCCAUCCGGCUGAACUGGGACUUCCUCCCCAACCAGACGGAGGCGGUCCUGACCGCCGGCUCCGCCUUCAACCUCAGCUGUCAUGGCCGCUCCUCGGUCCUCCUGACCAGCACGGCGUUCCGCCUGCUGUACCGGGACCGCCCGCUGGAGCCGGUGGAGGUCAGGAGGUCGGACCCCAGACACACCGGGACCUAUCGCUGUGGGUACGCCAACCGUAGCCUGGACCAACCGGACACCUGGAUACACCUGUAUGUCAAAGACCCAGCUGACGCCUCCACGGUGUUCGUCACACCUCGCGGCGCCCCGUCCGUCACAGAGGGCCAGGACUUCCUCUUCAGGUGUCUGCUGACCGACCCGUCCGUCACCGAGCUCACCCUCCAAUCGGCAGAGAGCAAGGCGGGCGAGGGGCGGGGCCUGCCCCGAGGCAUGAACGUGACCUUUGACCGCAAGAAGGGAGCCCUGAUCCGAGACCCGCAGAGGUCGUUCAGUGGGAAAUACGUUUGUUCGGGCUGGAAGGACCGAAGGGAGUUCCGGUCCCGACCCGUGACCCUGCAGGUGUUCCCCAAGCUACGGCAUCCUCCCUGUCUGUCCGUCAGUCAGGGUCAAGUGGUCCGUCUGAAGGGAGAGGCCUUUGAGGUCACCUGUCUCACCAGUAACCCCACCCAUUUCUACAACCUCACCUGGACACACUCAAACAUGAAGCCUCUGAAUGUCUCCGUGAGCCACGCCUACGUCAACAAGCAGCUGCACAUGAACAGCACCCUGAGGGUCUCGGCGGUGGGCCGGCCUCACGGGGGCCGCUACACCUGUACGGCCAUCAACGAGGCCGGAGCCGCCUCGGCCAGCACGGAGCUGAGGGUUCUGGACGGCCCCUACCUGAGGAUCUACCUACGCGCUGACACCGACUCCAGGGCCAAUGCUAGCAGCAUGAAGGGGCCAGGAGAGCUACAAGCUAAUGUUAGCACCCAUCGACUGGGCGUCGCUGGGGAUAGCAGUGCUAAUAUUAGCGGCAGCAGCACAGUGGAGGUGCAUGAAGGUCGAGAUGUAACGUUGACCUUUGUGAUCGAAGCGUAUCCUCCAAUCAGGAGCCAGCGCUGGACAACAACAACACAAGCCCAUAAGGACAACAACAAUACGGUGUACCAGGAAAGCUACGCUGUUCACGGCUACAGGGCGGAGGCCAGCUUGCUGCUACGUCGGGUGCAUCAUGAGGAUCGAGGUCGAUACUCGUUCUACUUUGCUAACUCGUUCUUUGACGGCUCGCAGAAGAUCGACCUCCGAGUUUACCGUUCUCCGAGCAUCGUCAUCCGUCUUCAGAACGACACGCUGACCUGCUACAGCUCUGGAUACCCGUUACCCACAAUGCACUGGUACAUCUGCCCCGGGGUCACGCACACGUGUGGAGACGUCCCUGUUCACCAGGAGGUGAGGACACAUGUGUCCUUCCAGGACGAGGAGGUGAGGACACAUGUGUCCUUCCAGGACGAGGAGGUGAGGACACAUGUGUCCUUCCAGGACGAGGAGGUGAGGACACAUGUGCCCUCUCAGGACGAGGAGGUGAGGACACAUGUGUCCUUCCAGGACGAGGAGGUGAGGACACAUCUGUCCUUCCAGGACGAGGAGGUGAGGACACAUGUGUCCUUCCAGGACGAGGAGGUGAGGACACAUGUGUCCUUCCAGGAUGAGGAGGACGAGGAGGUGAGGACACAUGUGUCCUCUCAGGACGAGGAGGACGAGGAGGUGAGGACACAUCUGUCCUCUCAGGACGAGGAGGUGAGGACACAUGUGUCCUUCCAGGACGAGGAGGUGAGGACACAUGUGUCCUCUCAGGACGAGGAGGUGAGGACACAUCUGUCCUCCCAGGACGAGGAGGUGAGGACACAUGUGUCCUUCCAGGACGAGGAGGUGAGGACACAGCUGCCCCUCCCCCGCUCAGCCGGGGACGUCACCGUGGAGUGCGUCUCCUCCAACCGGGUGGGCCGGGCUCGAGAAGUCUUCGCUCAGCGCUCGGCUAAACGACCUUUGUUGACCCCGGCUCUGAUUGGAUGUCUGAGUGCAGCCGUGCUGCUGCUCCUGCUCUUAGUGGUCUUGUUCUACAAGUGGAGACAGAAACCCAAAUAUGAGAUUCGCUGGAAGAUCAUCGAGAGCACCGACGGGAACAGCUACACCUUCAUCGACCCCAGCCAGCUGCCGUACAACCAGAAGUGGGAGUUUCCUCGAGAGAAACUUCGACUCGGUGCUGUUGUGGGUUCAGGAGCGUUUGGGAAGGUAGUCAAGGCAACGGCGUAUGGUCUGGGAACUGGCGACGCCACUCGAGUUGCCGUGAAGAUGCUCAAACCGAGCGCUCACUCUGAGGAACGGGAGGCCCUGAUGUCGGAGCUGAAGAUUCUCGGCCAUCUUGGUUACCAUGACAACAUCGUCAACCUGCUGGGAGCCUGCACUCGAGGAGGUCCCAUGUUGAUGAUCACAGAGUACUGUAGCCAUGGCGACCUGCUGAACUUCUUGCGGGCCCAUGCUCAGAACUUCGUGGGGUCACUUCUCGGCGUGGAGGAAGUGGAGGCAGAGGCCCCGUAUAAGAACAUGGCCCCCCAGAGCCCCCGAGUCCGGAGUGACAGUGGGAUCUCCUGCUGUUCAGACUAUCAGGAGAUGCAGCCGGUUCAGAGUCCAGGACAAACACACCUGGGUGUGCAGAUCAACAGUGUUUCUGUCGGUGAUCUCAUGAGGUUUUCCUACCAGGUAGCUCAGGGUCUGGACUUCCUGUCCACCAGGAAUUGUAUCCACAGAGACGUAGCAGCGAGGAACGUCCUGCUGACCGACCGCUGCGUGGCGAAGAUCUGUGACUUCGGUUUGGCCCGAGACAUCCGCAACGACGACAGCUACAUCGUGCAGGGGAACGCCCGCCUCCCGGUGAAGUGGAUGUCUCCAGAGAGCAUCUUCCAGUGCGUCUACACGGUCCAGAGCGACGUCUGGUCCUACGGGGUUCUGCUGUGGGAGACCUUCUCGCUCGGUAAGAGUCCGUACCCAAACGUUGCCGUGGAUACCAAUUUCUACAAGAUGAUCCAAGAUGGCCGCCACAUGGACAAGCCAGACUUCGCCCCAGACGAGAUAUUUCAGCUGAUGACGCUCUGCUGGAGUUUGGAGCCCACAGACAGACCGACCUUUAACAUGAUUGGUCAGCUCAUUAACAGGCUCCUCCCCUCCACCAAUGACACAGCUUCACAUCACAGGGACCAGUCAACAAACAAAAACCUCAACGAGUGCAAAGAAGAGGAGGAAGAGGAGAAGGAGGAGGUCAGAGGAAGAGGCGCACUGAAGACAGGAGAGGAGCAUGGCCGGAGAGAGCACCAUGAUGAUAAUGAUGAAGAAGAGGAGAAGAAGCCGAUGAUGAAGAACAUCUACCAGCUGACCUGAUUGUCUUGUCCAGUAAAGAUGCUGGAAAUGAAGCAUGUUCCUCAAAGAUUCAGAGAGAACAGACGUCAUGAGUCCAGAUGUAACCGAAAACCACCACUCGAGAUCUGGGUCUGGAUCCUGUGGUUCUUGAUCCUUUGAUCUGGAUCAUCGGGGUCUGGAUCCUGUGGUUCUUGAUCCUUUGAUCUGGAUCAUCGGGGUCUGGAUCCUGUGGUUCUUGAUCCUUUGAUCUGGAUCAUCAGGGUCUGGAUCAUGUGGAUUUGGCUGCUAUAAGUCUGGAUCCUUUGAUCUGGUCUGAGACCUGCUACUUGGGGAACCUAUUCACUCUACUGAUUCUGGUGUUACAUUUUAAUUGUUUUAAUGUUUCUUAUUGUGUUUGAAUAAAUCUUUUAUCUUAAUAACACA